CAAGUUUUGUUUCAAUUUGCAUGGCUACGGCCAUUAAUUCAAGGCUUGUAGCCCUUGUGUUUUUGCUAGGAAUAUUUACUUUGGGAAGUGGAAACCCACGCGAUGUUGAUUGCUUGAGAUCUAUCAAGCAGUCCUUGGAUGAUCCAUUUCACAGUUUAUCUAGCUGGGUUUUUGACAACAGCACGGAAGGCUUUAUAUGUUCCUUCGAGGGUGUUGAAUGCUGGCAUCCUUACGAGAAUAAGGUUCAAACUAUUAACCUAGGCGGAAUGGGACUAAAAGGUGAGUUUCCUAGAGGCCUAGAAAAUUGCUCAGCUUUAACGGCUAUAGAUCUUUCAACAAAUAGUCUCUAUGGAACCAUUCCUUCUGAUUUAUCAAGUAUUGUCAAAUUUGCUACAAGUCUUGACCUUUCUUUCAACAAAUUUUCGGGUGAAAUUCCUGCAGCUCUUGCAAAUUGUUCAUUUCUAAAUUCCAUACAACUCAGCAACAACCAAUUAACAGGUCAAAUUCCUCCAGAAAUUGGCCUAUUAGAUCGCUUGAAGAUUUUUAAUGUUGCCAACAACCUUUUAUCUGGCCCAGUCCCUAUUUUUAUUAACGCAAGUAUACUUUCUGAAAGCUAUGCAAAUAAUUUGGGACUUUGUGGUGGUCCUUUAGAGUUUUGUAAGUCUAAUUCAGAAACAAAGAAACAUGACAAAAUCCUCUUCACAAGUGGUUUUGUGGUUGGAUGGGUGUUUUCUACCUUCUUGGCUCUAGUUCUUAACUUGUUUAUUGUGCCUAUCCUGAGUGCAAGAAAACUAAAGAGCAAGAAUGAGAAAAAACAAGAGACUGCAGCUUCUCAAGGACCACGACUUUUAACUUCGAAUGGGAGAAUCCAAGACUCUAAGAUUAUGGCACUGGAAAAACAUGUAACAAGAAUGAGUUUCGAAGAACUCAGCAAGGCAACUGAUGAUUUCCACUGUAUGAAUACAAUUGGAAAGGGGAAACUGGGGACAAUGUACAAGGCAAUACUCCAAAAUGGUUGGUUUCUUGCCAUCAAGAAACUCCAUAACUCAUAUGAUUUCGAUCAAGAAUUUAUGUCUGAGCUCAUGACUGUUGGAAGGAUGAGACAUUGCAAUUUCGUACCACUCAUAGGCUUCUGCUAUGAAAUUAACAGCAGACUUUUGGUCUAUAAAUACAUGUCGAAUGGAAACCUCCAUGAUCUCCUCUUUUCUGCUCAAAACGGCAAGGUCAAGUGCAUAGAAUGGCCUAUGAGGGUGAAAAUAGCAGUUGGGAUUGCGAGAGGACUUUCAUGGCUUCAUCAGGUUGGAGUAGUACAUAGCAGCAUUUGUUCAAGAUGCAUAUUGCUUGAUCAUAGUUGUGAACCCAAGAUAUCCAACUUUGGAAGUGCAAAACUUUUGAAAUCGAACUUUAGUUCUUCGAGUUGGAGAACUGUGGUAGAUAAUGAAGUAUGGGAGUCGGGUUCGUUUAAGAAGGAUGUCUAUGAGUUUGGAGUUGUGCUUCUUGAGUUAAUUGCUGAAAAGGAAUUUAGCCAAAUGAAUGGUUGUCUGAAGAGUUUUGAAGGUCUUGAUAUGGUCGAAUGGACAUUUCAGAACUCCAAACCAUAUGAUUCGGAUGAGAUUAGGCAAGCAUAUGAGGACGAGAUCCUUGAGUUUGUUAGAAUUGCAGUUGACUGCAUUCAAUCUGAUCCGGCAAGAAGGCCAUCCAUGCUAGAAGUUUACAAAACAUUAAGCAAAAUCACUGGGAGAUCUGUACUUGCAAAUGAUUAAUUUGGCUCUCUAUGGGUGGAUGAUUUUUUUUUUGUUUUGAACUUCAAAAUUCAUAGUAUUGUAAGAUCCACCAAAUAAACUCCAAUGUACUUGUGAUUGCUAGGGAAACUAAUACCCAGACACAGUGUAUCACUCUAAUCCUAAGAUAAAAGCGAACAACAUGGAGUGUGUUUAAA